CGUGGCAUCGUUCGGCGCGCUUCUGCGGCACGUGUGGGGCGCGCGCAGCCCCCUGUGAAGCGGGAAACCGCACCGCCUCUAGCCACUCUCCUCCUAUCUGCGUCUCCAUCCCAUCCCUCCCUCCACCAGGCGCGCGCCCUGCUAGCAUGGCAUCGCUCGGCGCGCUUCUGUGGCACGUGUGGGGCGCGCACGGCCCCCUGUGAGGCGGGCAACCGCCGCCUCUGCCCCGUCGCUGCCUGCCGCUCCAAGCUCAACCCACGCAUCGACCCGCUCUAUCUACGUGUGUGGGCAGGGGAGCGUGUGCGCGUGUUAUUGGAACAGUAG